AAACAACACAACAAAAAAGAUUAAAAUUACAUAACGCUUUUCUUCUUCAUUUUUCUUCUAUUCUCUCACUCUCUCUCUCUCUUCACAUGGUCUUCCCCACCCUCUCUCUCUUUCAUUAUUUCUUUUGUUUUAAUUUUUGGUUUUUAUGUGUGAGAAAGAAACGUGUUGGAUAAUAUAUCUGAAUCUUCGCAUGAUGUUCCUUGAGCCAUGAAAAAUUCCUCUGACAUUCCCCUCCGAUCUCCAUAGCUUGUCUUUCCACACACUGGAAGUAGUGGAAGAUUUUUUUUAUUCUCAAUGUUGGAUUCGAUGGCGUCAAUUUGAGUAGUCCUUGGUGGGUCAUUGUUUUUGAGGGAAUAAGGGAGGUGGUGCUAGUUGCUGCUUUUUGCUUAUAAAAUCAUAGAUGGACCGGAGGAGUUGGCUUUGGCGCAGGAAGUCGUCUGAGAAAAGUCCAGGUGAAACGGAGAGUUCUGGUUCAAUCUCAUCUCUUUCAGAAAGGUUCUCUGAUGAUCAGAUUAUCUGGGUUGCGACCAUUUUCUUAAGAUAAAAUCAUACUCUUUGCUAAAGGAGAUCAAGAAUUUAGAGGGAGGGAUACGACUUCAAGGCUUGAUUAAUAAAAAACAACAUACCAUUUCGAAAAGAAAUCGUGAUCUUAUCGCAAAGGUUUCGUGGAGUCGAUAUUGCAAAAGUUCAUGCUGUGAGAUAGCUUGUAAUGUGUAGUCAAGAUGAAAAGAAUGGUUAUUGCUUGGUCUCAGGUUUUAAAUGGACUCAUUCCUUUUUUAAGCAUGGUGGACUUUGUGUUUAAUUAUUCCCUUUUCAAGUGUAUAUACAACACAAGCUGCUUUAUCACCUGAAGUCACGUCUAAGUCUGCACCAAAUGACGACGUUAGUACCCCAAAAAUGAGUAAAGAAGAGGUUACGGAUGUAAAGAUUCUUACAGACAAAUUAGCUGCUGCUCUGCUGAAUAUUAGUGCUAAAGAAGACUUGGUAAAACAGCAUGCUAAAGUUGCAGAAGAAGCUGUAUCAGGCUGGGAGAAGGCUACAAAUGAAGUGUCAUCUUUAAAACAACAGCUUGAUGCAACGAGGCAGAAGAACUCAAUUCUCGAAGACCGAGUUGGUCAUCUUGAUGGUGCACUUAAAGAGUGUUUGAGGCAGCUUCGGCAAGCCAGAGAAGUGCAAGAGCAAAAGAUUGUUGAAGCUGUUGUGAAUAGUUGCCGUGAGUGGGAAUUCAACAAAUCUGAACUUGAGGGGAAAGUUGCUGAUCUUGAAGCUCAACUGCAAUCAGCUAAAGCAGAUUCUGCUGCCUCAAUUCGUUGUGAUCUUCAGCAGAGGCUAGAGGCUGUGCAGAAAGAGAAUUCAAGUCUUAAACACGAGCUGCAAUCUCGACUGGAGGAACUAGAACUGAGGAUAGUUGAGAGGGAUUUGAGUUCUCAAGCAGCUGAGACAGCUAGCAAGCAACAUUUGGAGAGUGUCAAGAAGGUUGCUAAGCUUGAGGCUGAGUGCCGUAGACUGAAAGCCAUGACUCGUAAAACAUUUUCUGUCAAUGAUCACAGGUCUUUGACUGCAUCUUCGGUUUAUGUUGAGUCUUUCACAGAUAGCAUGUCGGAUAGUGGAGAGAGGCUAAUAGCAGUUCAAAGUGAUUUGCGUAAAUUAGGUGGAUGGGAGAUGAAUGAAUAUGAGCUAAGUCGUUUUGAUUCGUGCUCGUCUUCUUUAGUUAUGGAUAUUGAUCAACUUAAGAACGAAAAGACUAAUGGAAAAAAUCACAUGGUCCCUUCAACUGAGAUCAAUCUCAUGGAUGAUUUCCUUGAGAUGGAAAGGCUUGCUGCAUUUCCAGAGAAUGAAAGUAGAAGCAAUUUUGUUAGGGAAGGAGUUGCAUCAGAUCAAUCCAAUGUUGAUCAGGCUACUAUGCAAGCUGAAGUGGAGGCUUUGAUUCAAAAGAAUGUUGAAUUGGAGAAGAAGCUGGGGAAAAUGGAAUGUGAAAUGGAAGCUAUGAUUCAAAAGAAUUCUGAAUUGGAGAAAAAGCUGGAGAAAAUGGAAGCAGGGAAAGUUGAGGUAGAGAUGGUUUUGACCAAGUACCAUAUGCAGCUCGAGACAUCAGAGAGUCAGAUUAGGGAAGCGGAGUUGAAGGUAGCAGAGUUUCAAACUCAGUUAGCUCUUGCAAAAAAAUCAAACCAAGAAGCAUGCCAAGAACUGAAAGAAACAAAAGCAAAGAAGGAGAUAGUCGAGUCCACACUCAAACUUACUCAAACUGAAGUCGAAAAACUGAUUUCAAAAAUCUGUUCUUUGGAGGAAGAGAUUCAGAAGGAACGAGCUUUCUCUGCUGAGAAUUCAAUCAAACGUGGAAAAUUGGAGGAGGAGCUCUUGAAAAUGAAACAAGAAGCUCACGUUCAGCAAGACACCGAGAUAAAGCACAGGGAAGUCGUUAAUCACAAUUUAAAGUUAAAACAGGAAAAGGAAAUUGCAUUGGCUGCUGAUAGAUUUGCUGAGUGUCAGAAGACCAUUGCAUCUCUUGGACAGCAGUUGAAGUGCCUUGCAACUUUGGAAGACUUUCUACUUGAUUCUGAGAACCCUAUGGAGUCAACCUGUGAAGUCACAAAAAGUCCCCAAAAUGGUGAGCAGAUGAAAGUACCUCAGAGUGAUUUGAGCAUACCCAAAAGAGAUUCUGAAUCACCCAUUUCGUUAAACUCAUCAGUUACCAAUGAGAAAAGCCGAAAUGGCUUUAGUAAGUUCAUCCCUAAAAGCAAGAGUGUAAGCAAGAGAGGAAGUCACUGAGAAAAAAAUGGAGAGAAACUAUACAUGAUAAGGAUAAGGUUGAGUUGUAAAUUUGGGUUAUUAAUUUUCUCAUGGAUUCAACUAUUAAUCCAUAGCAAAAAUAGCAAUACAUAAGUUCCAAAUUUUAAAACGUUG